UGGGAAAAGCGUGGCGUUAGAAAGGCGCCCCCAUCAUGCCGCUUUUCAGCAUCUCCAUCAGUCACAUGAGCGCACGACCUCGGGUCUGAUUUAAGAAGGGGGAUGAACAACACUCCGCCUGGAUUACGGUUGCUCAGGCCUCCAACAGUGAUAGGUCAGUUUCACACACUGUUUUUCGGCUCUGUGCGUACGUUUUUCCUUGGGGUCCUUGGAUUCGCUGUCUAUGGCAAUGAGGCUCUGCACUUCAGCUGUAUCCCAUACAGAAGGGAACUAAACCUUUACUGUUACAACCAGUUCAGGCCUAUAACACCUCAGGUGUUUUGGGCAUUGCAGCUUGUCACUGUCUUAGUACCUGGAGCUGUUUUCCAUCUUUACGCUGCCUGUAAAAACAUAGACCAAGAGCAGAUUCUCCAACGGCCGGUUUCCACAGUCUUCUACAUCAUUUCUGUCCUAUUAAGAAUCAUUUUGGAAGUCUUAGCAUUUUGGCUUCAACGUCAUCUUUUUGGUUUCCUGGUUAAUCCCAUUUACAUGUGCGAUGCCAGUGCCAUAGCAAAGAUAUUCAACAUCACAAAGUGUAUGGUCCCUGAACACUUUGAGAAGACCAUCUUCCUCAGUGCAAUGUAUACUUUCACCAUCAUCACAAUACUCCUCUGCAUCGCUGAAGUUUUUGAGAUCCUAUUUCGAAGACUAGGUUAUUUAAACCAGCCAACGACUUGAGAAUGUUAAAGGGAUCGUUCACCCCAAAAAGAAAAUCCUGUCAUUAUUUAUUCACCCUCACGUUGUUCCAAACCUGCAUGAGUUUUUUGAUAAAUGAUGGUAAGCACACAGCUCACGGUACCCAUUGACUUCCACAGCAUUUGUUUUUCCUAUUUUAGAAGUUAACUGUGUGGUUACCAUGAUUUAUCAAAAUAUCUUCUUUGUGUUUAACAUAAUAAACUCAAAUCGGUUUUAAAUAACAUUAAGAAGAGUAAAUGAAGACCGAAUUUUCAUUUUUGGGUGAACUAUUCCUUUAAUUUUAAUGAUGCUUCCCCAGUGUUUAUUUUUUAUUAUUGAGUCUCUGAAUGACAAAAAGGACAUGAACACAUACCUCUCAUUUUCUGUUCGAUUAUUUGCUGUUCCUUUUUGAUCUGUUUUAAACAAAGCUGUCAAAGGAGUCAAUCAUUUCAAUGGCUAUAUCUGAAUAUUUGAAGUCUAGGGGGUCCACCUCUCUAGCAAUGGAAACCAUAAAGUAUAUUUAGUUUUUAAUUGACUUAUAUAUUAAUAAGACAAAACCACAUUUGCCUAAUUAAUCCUUAUGCAGUAUUGAUUCCAUAAAAAAAUAUGUACUUUAUAUGAAAGUACUACAGUAUGCUAUGCACAUUUCAAGUACUAUUUUGGUUGUUUUAUUGAAACUUGACUAAUGAUUGAUUUUCCCCGUAAGAGACAAAGGUAUAAGUACAUUCAAGCGAUUAAUACUGUCGGAGAUCAUUAUUAAUUAGCCUAUUUGGUCAAAUCCAUGCACAUUGAUUAUACCAUUGAUUUCCAUAUAGUUUGUAUACAAUACAGGGUUUGUUGUAUUUUUAUCUUUACAUUUUAUCAGACAUCCAUCCAACUUUUGUUAUUAUUCUCAGCAACGCGUUUCAUCUCAGGUACAAAAUGGCACACUGUGAACUAUUAUUUUGUGUUUACUUUUGUGAAUAGUGGAUUAAAAAACAUCUGAGGAGGAA